UCUCCUUCCCCGUCGUCUAGCCCCCUUUCAUCCUCUCGAUUUGAGUAAACCCUAAUUUUCCAGAGACACUAUGAAUCUCCCGUCGUCAACGGCGGCGCCGACUUCGGUGACGUCAACUUCUGCGGCGGAUGAUUCAGGCGAGAUAUGCGAAGAGUGCGGCAGCGGAGCCUGGGUCAUACACCCAGCGCGAGUCCGUACAGUCCUCCGCUUUUUAUGCACGCAUUGCCUCCUCCGCAAACAUCCACAGUCGUUUUGUCCUUCCUGCUUCGCCUUCUACGAUUCUUCUCCGCCGCAUCCUUCUCGCCGCGUCACCUGCUACAAUUGCCUCUCCAACACGCACAUCGUUUGCGCCGGCGAAGUUAAUUCCUCUACUUUCCUCUGUCCUCCUUGCCGGGACCCAGAUUCCUUCUCCUUCUUCCGACCUAUCAUCGGCACCAACGGCUCUCGAUCCAUCGACAAAUCCCUCUCCGAAGUCUUUUUAUGCGCCGCUAAGAUCUCCGCCUCUUCCAUGAAUAAGGCCGUCUCGGCGACUAGAUGCGAAGCUGAACGGAAAGGGAAAGAAGCCGCCUUGGCGAGAAAGAGAGCACGCGAGGCUCUUGAGGACGUCGUCAAGCUCGACGACAAGGAGAAGGCGAAGUCGGUUAUUCCAAAGCUCAAGGAAACCUCCGUUGAUCGAGAUCAGAAACCGAAAAUUGCUGCAUCGAAUGGCGCUGUGAAAGAGAAAGAGAGCUCUGCUACCACCAAUUCGGGUCCACUCAAGAGACAUUGCUCGGCUGUGCAAUUGACUAAGGUUAAGCAAGAAAGUGAUGCUUCUAAAUGAUUUGUCAUAGGCCAACAAGUUUCAUCUCAGAGACGGGUAUUAUAAUAGCUUGAAGCAUUUCGUCUUUCUGAGAUGGUCUUUGAGAUGAAAGAAGUUUAGAAUUGGGCAGAUUCUGAUUCGAGUCCAAUGUAGAUUAUGUAAGUGAUCUUCCUUUAUUUAUUUUUUUCCAGUUUUUAUUUUAUUUUUACUAUGUGUAGGAAUCUAUGGAGCUGUGAAGUGUUGAUUUCUAAUAAUUUUGCCUACUUUAAUGUAUCUGUGUCUGACAAAAGCCUAUUAAUCUGGUGAUGGAUUAGUUGCUGGAUUGGGAAAAUUUU